UCGGCUUUUCUCUGCCGCGGCUGCACAUGGCGGGAGCGAAGAGCGCGGGAAGCGGGGGUCUGCUGAAUGGAGGGGACGAUGGGCCGGAGGAGAAGCGGCUCCGCGUCGGGUCCGCCCCGCCAGCCUCGUCGUGGCCUGGGCCCCCGGGGAACCGCGUGACGGUGGUGCUGGGGGCGCAGUGGGGGGACGAAGGCAAAGGGAAGGUGGUCGACCUGCUCAGCCUCGAUGCGGAUCUCGUCUGCCGGUGCCAGGGUGGCAACAACGCAGGCCACACUGUUGUGGUGGACUCAGUGGAAUACAACUUCCAUCUCUUGCCCAGCGGGGUAAUCAACCACAGCGCCACGUCAUUCAUUGGAAAUGGUGUCGUCAUCCACUUGCCAGGACUCUUUGAGGAAGCUGAGAAAAAUCUUAAGAGAGGAACAGGUUUGGAAGGUUGGGAGUCUCGGACAGUGAUUUCAGACCGUGCCCACCUGGUGUUCAAUUUCCACCAGGCUGUGGAUGGGAUCCAGGAGCAGCAGAGACAGCAGCAAGGUGGCAAAAACCUUGGCACAACCAAAAAGGGGAUCGGCCCUGCAUAUGCCUCCAAGGCUUCACGGACCGGCCUGCGAAUUUGUGAUCUCCUGGCAGAUUUUGAUGAGUUCUCCAAGAAGUUCAGAGUCUUGGCUCAGCACUACAAAGCAACAUAUCCAUCUCUCACCAUAGACCCGGAUGGUGAACUGCAGCAACUGAAGGAAUAUGCGGAGAAGAUCCGCCCAUUAGUGAAGGAUGGCGUUUAUUUCAUGUACCAAGCCCUACAUGGUCCAGCCAAGAAGAUCCUUGUGGAGGGGGCAAAUGCUGCAUUGUUAGACAUAGACUUUGGGACCUACCCGUUUGUGACCUCCUCCAAUUGCACGGUGGGGGGUGUCUGUACCGGUCUGGGCAUCCCUCCGCAAUACAUCGGCAAGGUGUACGGCGUGGUGAAAGCCUACACGACCCGGGUUGGCGUUGGGAUGUUCCCCACAGAACAGGACAAUGAGAUAGGAGAGCUGCUGCAAACCCGGGGGCACGAAUUCGGCGUGACCACUGGCCGGAAGCGCCGCUGCGGCUGGUUGGAUCUUGUGCUGGUGAAAUACGCCCACAUGAUCAAUGGAUUCAGCGCCCUGGCAGUGACCAAGCUCGAUAUCCUGGAUACCUUUGAGGAGAUCAAAAUUGGCGUGGAGUACCGGCUGGAUGAGAAACGCAUACCUUAUUUUCCAGCAAACCAGGAGCUCCUCAACAAGGUGACGGUGGAGUAUAAGACACUACCUGGCUGGCAGCGCAGCACUGAGGAGGCCCGCAGCUUCACUGACCUGCCCCCCCAAGCCCAGGGCUACAUCCGGUUCAUCGAGGAUUACCUCGGAGUGCCAGUGAAGUGGAUCGGAGUGGGGAAAUCCCGCACGUCCAUCAUCAAGCUUUUCUGAGGCUGGUGCUGGAGCUGGACCCUCGUUCUGGAAGAAGACGGCGGGCCCUCCUGGUUGCUGCCACCACACACAUUUCACAGAUGAGUUAGCAGAGCAUGGUAGAAAGUAUGGGGAUGGGGUGAACCCUCCCCUUCGCCCCAUUUAGCCCUUCUUUCCUCCAGGCAGCCUGUCAUUUUUUUUCUCUGCUAAGGGCACUCCUUACCCUCUUUCUUCUUUGCGGAGACCUGUGAUCUCACUGCAGCCGUCCUGUUCACCAUCCCCUCCUCUGUCAUGGAGCCCAUGGGAGAGUAGCUCUUUUCAACCAUUGCUGUUCAGCUCUGCUGCCUGUUUGCCCUACUGGAAGGGAGAGGCCAUUCCCCUCCCCUAGUCCUUUUGGAUGGAUGGCUCACACACUCCAUUUCCCUCUUCUACCCACCACUUCUUGGUUCAGCCAUAACGCCAAACCAUACAACAGAACCAAGCCGGAAAGGAAUGUUAGGCUCGCUGGCGUGAUUCCCUCCACUCCUCUUGUGCCAGAAUCCAAAUUAGCAACUUUUCCUCUUUUGGAGCCCAUCGCAACUUGCUGUGACAUCUGUAGUUAAUACGUUGGCCUACAGAUUUUGAGUUGCUCUUCUGCUGGCAGUCCUGGUUUUCAGGGCAAGAACCAGCUGUAGAUUGUGGAUUUGGAUCGAGGAGUUACUUUUACAAAAUGGGAAGUAACUGGAUGGUGGUGAAGGAGGAGCUGAGGUAGCCCCACACGGUACCUGUGAUCAGUGUUCCUUCUAAGCUGAGCUAGUGUGAGCUAGCUCACAGGUUUUUUGCCUGUGGCUCACACAUUUUUGUCUCAGCUCAGGAAAGGUGGCCCCAAAGCAGAUUCGUUUAUGCAGUAGCCAGAUAGCUCACUCACAACUUUAAUGCCAGUAGCUCAUAAAGUAGAAUUUUUGCUCACAAGACUCAGCAGCAUAGCCCACCGACAUCUUUCCUGGUGCCCAGCUGUUGCUUUUAGAAAGCGGGCAGGGGUAGGUGGGGCUUUUGCUCAGCAGGGUUUCUGAUUAGCCACGCAGAUAAAAAGGCACCCCGUUAAACAGAGUGUCUGUGUGAAACGUUGGAAGUGGUACUGUUAGAAUUAUAUGUAGCCUCACUUGCUGAUGUUUUAUGCUUCGUACACGUCCGGUGUCAGCCAUUUGGGGAUUGUGCUCUUCCUGUGUCAAAAUUCCAAAGGUGCCCACAGGCUCCAAAAAAUUGGGGGCCACUAUGCUAGCCUAAACAGCCCUGUGGCACAGAGUGGUAAAGCUGCAGUACUGUGGUCCGAGCUCUCUGCUCAUGACUUGAGUUUGAUCUCGGUGGAAGCUGGGUUCAGGUAGCCAGCUCACGGUUGACUCAGCUUUCCAUCCUUCCGAGGUCGGUAAAAUGAGUAUUCAGCUUGCUGGGGGGAAAGUGUAGAGGACUGGGGAAAGCAAUGGCAAACCACCCCAUAAAAAAAAAGACUGCCGUGAAAACGUGAUGCAACGUCACUCUAGAGUCAGAAACGACUGAUUCUUGCACAGAGAGCUACUUUACCUUUUUAUGUUAGCCUAAAGCUUCUUUGGGGCUUGUUCAUGUCGUGCCAAUUCAGCGUUUGGUUUUAUAUCUGAACCCAGGCCAUAUUCGGUUGCUGGGGAACGUCACCUGCCCGCCUCGGCACUCCAGGAUGUCGUGGUGCUACGCAUGAGACAUCCCAACGCAACUGGGCAGUUUUGUCCUCUCCUAAUCACGGAGCGGUCAGCUUAAUCCACUGUGUGCGGGAAACGAUCCCCAUUCCUCCUCCCCUUGUACUGCAGACCAUGUCUGCUCCUUCUCUUUUCUCUCCCAUGAUUUUGUGGAGGAAUGUCUGUCUGGUUUAGAACUCUAAAACUCUGUGUUUAGAAAUGCCCAUGCAAACUGAGUCCUCUCCCAGGCAGGGCCUGGCGAAGGGGCGUUGACCAGUGUUGCCUCUUAGCUGAGUUAGUGUGAGCUAGCGCAUGGUUUUUUAGCCUCCGGCUCCCACUUUUUUCCCUCAGCUCAGGAAAAAUGGCUCCAGAGCAAACUAAUGUAUGCAGGAGCUCACAACUUUAAAUGCCAGUAGCUCACAAAGUCGAAUUGUUGCUCACAAGACUCCACAGCUUAGAGGAAGCACUGGCAUUGACCGUAGAAGUGCUGUCCGGAAUCAUCGGGAAACUCCUCUCCCCCCCCAACCCUGCCGCUCCGUUGUUCGAAAUAUUUUUUUAAACAGAAGAUUUGUCAGGGGCAACAGAAUACCAGUCCCUGCACAAUACAACCUGCACAGUAUCACCCUCCCAAACCUGAUGUAUUAUUCCUCCCACUUUGAAAGGGAACUUCCUGAUGUCGCUGUGUCGUCUCCAUGCCUGUGGCCCAGCGGGGUUUUCUGGGCAUUUCUGAAGCUGCCACUUUUUCACUGUAGAUGGAUUAUAUAUCAAUAAAGAACAAUUAUUUUGUCACGAGGAUCUCUGGC